UGUUUUAAUCCGGCGAGCUAGCCGUCAACAGCAGUCUGAAAGGCACAAUGGGAUUUAGCAUACGUUCGAGAUAAACUCUCAAGCUACAAGUAGACAGCUGCUUGGCUAUUUUGAAACUUUAAGCACGACUAACUAUUUAUCUGUCUAAUUUGUUUUGUUUGGUUGAGAGAUUCGAAAGAAGCUCCAAAGAGCGAGGAUGUUGGUCCCCGUGGGAAGAUAAUGAAGAGGCUGCGUGUUCUGGUUGUGUGCCUCAUUGUAGCUCUCCUGUGCUGGUACCCUAAUUAUCAUGCCUAUUGUUCAGAGCACAGCUUGUCAGACCCAGAUCAGCCUGCCCAGGACAAGCAUGACAACGACGACAAUCGCAACAACCACUCCAAUGACCCUAAGCAGGAGCAGGACUCCGUGCAGUUCCAGGAAGUGGAAGAAUGGACAAUACACACCUCCUACGAUACGGGACUAGAGACAGAGAGAGCAGCACAGAAUAUACAUCAAGAACAGACUGUGAAUCCGCAAUUAGCUGAGGAAGAAGCACAAGUGACAGAUUCAGAUCCAGUGUCUGAUCCUCGACUUGCUGCUCCCGAGCCAGAAUCCUCAUCAGAGCCCGUGAAUGAGUCAGACUUGCGAACCGAUGCACAGAACCCGGUACAGGUUCGGGACCAGGAUGGUGACCAGGAGAUCGCGGUCUCCUCCAGCUCCUCAGAGCCGGGUCCAGCACAGGACCACGUGUCCAACGAUACCCCGACCCCCGCAGAAACCCUCGGCGACGAGGCUGCCGCACAUCAUGACCCAGCCACACCUACGUAUGAAGCAGAUGACACGCCUACCUCACAAAGUGACGGUCCCACUCCCACGGGAGAGGAUGACAAAGAAGACCAGAGGUCAGACCAGUACCAGGAUACCGGUCCUGAAGCAGUGGCGGUUCAGUCCACUUCGAGCCAAGUGGAAGAGCAACAGGAGGAGGAACGCGAACAAAAAAAGGACGACGAUCCCUCCUUGGAGCAGCAACAGCAGCAGGUUGCAGCGGAGGCUGGUACGGGCAAGGAAUCGGAUCCCUCGGUUCCCAGCAAAGAUGACAUCCCAACCUUUGACGAGUGGAAGAAAAAAGUCAUGGAAGUGGAGAAGGAGAAAAGUCAAAAUCUCCACACUGCCGCGAGCGGCAUUGCCCAGCCGGUGAAGAAAGUCCCAAAAAACUUCAAGAAUAACUACGCCUCGGUGGAGUGUGGCGCCAAGAUACUGUCUGCAAACACUGAGGCCAAGAGCACGUCGGCUAUUCUCAUGGAGAAUAUGGAUCUUUACAUGCUGAAUCCCUGCAGCAACAAAAUCUGGUUUGUGAUCGAGCUCUGUGAGCCCAUUCAAGUCAAGCAACUGGACAUUGCCAACUUUGAACUCUUCUCGUCAACACCAAAAGAUUUCCUGGUCUCCCUAAGUGACAGGUACCCCACCAACAAGUGGGUGAAGCUGGGGACGUUCCACGCCCGUGACGAGCGCAUCGUGCAGAGCUUUCCGCUGGACGAACAGCUUUAUGCUAAAUAUGUGAAGAUGUUCAUCAAGUAUAUCAAGGUUGAGCUGCUUUCCCACUUUGGAUCGGAACACUUCUGCCCCCUCAGUCUGUUCAGGGUGUUCGGAACUAGCAUGGUGGAGGAAUAUGAGGAGAUAGCAGAUUCCCAGUAUCCUUCUGAAAGGCUCGAGUUGCUGGAUGAAGACUACGACUAUCCACCUGGCUAUCAACCAUCAGAAGACAAGGCGUCGAAAAACCUGCUUGGCUCCGCAACAAAUGCCAUCCUCAACAUGGUCAACAACAUUGCUGCUAACGUGCUGGGCGGUAAACCCGAACUGGAGGGCCAGUCAGGGGCAGAAGGUAACGGAACUGCAGAGGUGUUGACCAACAAGGAGGAGAGCGUGGAGGCGGCGCCUGCUACGCCAGUGGAAAUUUCUCAGAACUUGACUACAGAGAAACCUGUGGAGCUAGAAGAGCACACCGCCCCCGAGGACGCCAGUGUGCCUUCCACGUCACCCUCCUCCCUCGAACACCACACGGACAUCCGGAUUGUUACUCUUGUGGAAGAGGAAGAUGACGAAGAGCCUCGACAGUCCACAGUCACCCUCUUGGAGGAGGAGGAGGAGGAGGAAGACAAAAGGGAAGAGGACAACGACAUGCCAGUGGAUAGGGAGAGCGCGGCAUACUGUCCUUUCUUGUCCCUGUCCUCGCUGUCUUGUCUGGCCACACUACCGGAACUGCUCCAACGUUGGUGCUCCGCCAUGUUGGCCAAGGAGCGUCUGCGCAAACUUGACAGGGAGAAGCGCCCCAUCGUCAAGGACCCCAACAUGACGCAUCCACUAAUUCCCAUCCCCAUACCAACACCUUCACAGGAAGCCCUUCCCCUCAGUGAAAAGACCCCAGAGCCUGAGGCGCCUCUCACAGGCCAAAAUGAGGGCCAACCUCAGAGCGAGUCCCCCGAUGACACAACCUUUGUGCACUCUCAACUGCCCGUAUUCCAGCUGGAGCCCAGCAGAAUAUCCUCCCUUCACCCGCACAGCUUCUCCGAUAUUCACAGUUCCUUGACUCCCACCCACCGGGACACGCUGCUGCCUGCCAUCAACGAUGCCACCCUAAACCCCAUCACCACGCCGCCUCUCCAGACCGCUCCAGUCCCCGACACGCAGCAACUGAGCACCACCCCACCACCCUUGGUGUCGAACCCCCCGCAACAGCUUCCCGCCUCGGAGACGGACAUUCCGGAUGCUGCCCUCCCCUCCGCCAAGGAGCAGGAGCUUCCCACUGCGUCACACCCUGAAGACCCCGUCCCCCAUUCCACGGAGCAGCCGACGGCUCCCCUUUCAAUCAAGCCCGAUGCGGUUAGCGACCUGCAGAAAAGUGACCAACAGAAAGCUAACGCCCAUCCAGAGGAGCACGGGGACACUCAGGGAGGGGAACCUCAUCGGGCGGUGGACCCGGUGGAGGACGAGCUGGUCAACGGCAGCGUGCACAGGGCGGCCACCGAUUUCUAUGCCGAGCUGCAGAACGGCGGGGACUAUAACGGCGGCGGCGUGGCGGGAGGCAACGGUGUCAUGUCGAAUGGGGCGGCGGUACACGGCUCCAGUCAGAAGGAGAGUGUCUUCAUGAGGCUCAACAACAGGAUCAAAGCCCUGGAGAUGAACAUGAGUCUGUCUGGCAGAUACUUGGAGGAGCUGAGCCAGAGGUACCGCAAACAGAUGGAGGAGAUGCAGAAGGCGUUCAACAAGACCGUCAUCAAGCUGCAGAACACCUCUCGCAUCGCUGAGGAACAGGACCAGAAGCAGCAGGACUCCAUCCAGGUUCUGCAAAGCCAGCUGGAGAACAUCACCAAACUGAUGCUUAAUCUGACCGUCGCAGUUGGGCAACUUCAGAAAGGGGUAUCCGACCGCCAGAGCUACCUGGUCGUCUCUCUGGCCCUGUGCCUGUCCCUGGGCCUGCUCGUGUGCCUGCAGUGCUGUCGUAGCUCCUGCGCCGCCUCCAGGCCGGCCAGCGCCGCCGCCCCCAUCCCGGUUGACGUUGCGCCGCCUAAGAGCAAGCACUAUCCCAGCCCCAAGAGAUGCUUCUCUUCCUAUGACGACAUGAGCCUCAAGCGCAGGGUGAUAUGUCCGCUCGUGCGCUCCAAGUCCUUCCACUUGUCCUCCACGGAAGUUGGUCCAGAAGACUUGUACAUUGUAGAGCCUCUAAGGUUUUCACCAGAGAAAAAGAAAAAACGAUGCAAAAUAAAAGCUUUGGACAAAGUCGAAACACUGAAGCCGUCUGACCCUUCAGCGCCGCUCACCAACGGCGACAUCAAAUGCAACGGCUUCCACCCAUGCCUUCCCCCUCCCCUGCCCACCCCUCUGCUUCCACCUCAGCUCCCGCUACCACCCCCUCUUCCUCCCCCGCCCCCUCCUCCUUCUGUUGAGGAAACCCCAGCAUUGCCCCCCUGCUCCUCAAAGGAGUCCCCCUCAGAGACCAGCAGCUCCCGUUCAUCCAGCCACUCCGAGGAGUCUUUCGCCGGGCGCCUGCCGCCUCCUUCGCCCGUCUUCUCCUGCACAGAGUUGCCCCUGGCGGAGCCCCUCCAGCCCGUUCGACCACCGCCCGUCCCCGCCGCCAAGUCCCGGCAGGAGAGGCGCUCCACCAAACGGCGGAGGUCGCGCCAGACGGAGCUGGCGGAGAGACACGUAGCCUCGCUACCCGGCCUGCAACAUCUCAUGAAGCGUAGCAAGGAUCUCGGCGUGGGCACCAUCAGGGUGACGGCGGUCAGCGGACACGUCUGAAGCGUUUUAUUCCAAAGAACCACAAUUUCCCCCCUCCAUCUCUUCCCUUGAAAAGACCUGUUAAUGGUUACGUGCCUUUAAUGAGCCCUUGCAAUCGGUGUUCAGAACACACAAAUGUCUAUUUGCGACGACAAGUCCAUUUGAAGCGUGCAUCCACAAAGUAUUCAAAGCAUGUAUCAUAGUGAGAGAACUGAGUUACAAAAUGUAUUGUUUUCUUCACUAGUUUGCCAUUAUCACUCCAGGGACCACCGUCUUUGUUCACUGAUUGCCUCCCUGUUCUUGUGGGUCAACUCCCUCAGCAGCCUGAUGACGAAAACACUAACUUUACCAUUUCCCCUCUCAUGCUUUCAAUGUCAUAGCUGCAGCAGCAGACGUGAGUUUUUUUGGGGGGGUGGUCAAACAUUUCACUUUUUUCCAAAACGAUUAAAAAAAAAUCUUGGAUUCCCGUGAGUAAAAUGUAAGUCUUGUUAAAUGUUCGCACCUCUUCUGUCGGCUCGCAGUAAAAAAAAAACUAAAUGACUAAUUCAGACAAAAAGAUACAAGUUUACUUUUUCACCUUGACAAUAUAAAUCUCAAUAUGACUGUUUUGUCUGCAAUAUUUGAUGGGGGGUGGGGGGGUUUCACAAAUUUCACAGAAACGCAAGUCUUUUCUGUAACCACACACAAAGUCAGAAUGAGCAGUUUUAUUUAUCUAUUUAUUAUUUAUGUUUACACACUGGCUGGCCAGUCUGAGUGAUCGAAAUAAUUCCAUCAAAAACAAAAUAAUUCUUGUUCAUGCAAAUACACUCACUGGUACGGAGGCGGAGAAGCUAGCUUGUUGACUUUAGUCUUAAAAAAAAAAAAAAAAAAAAAGGGUAGCGGUCACAUGAGUGGCCAAAAUGCCACGAUCUUCACUCUGCUGCUGCUGUGAUUGGCGGAAAAUCAGCCGACACUUCACCUUUAUGUCACCUCCCUUUCCUUUUUCAAAUCUGCUGCAUGUUAUGGCCUCUAUGUGCUCCUCUUUAAAAUGUUUAUUUGAUGCAUUUAAACAAAAAAAAAGUGUUUUCUGAUAGGCUGGUUGUUUCGACACAUUGGGAACAAUGAUACCCCUCUUCACCUACUUUUUAUGAUGAUGAUUUUUUUGCACAAUUUUCCCCAACUGUGAAAGAGGAUUUUAAUAUUUUCUCAUUAGCUUGGUGAGUCCACAUCUUUGUGUGCGUUUGUCUCUUGUUCAUUCACUGAAAGUUUGCACGGAUUUUAUUUUGAAAGGGUAACAGAGGUAAAGAUGGUUAUAUGGAACACUAUUCAUGUUAUGCCAGUUGUCAUUUUACUGCUUUUUUUUGUCUGUGUUCAUGUGAGAUGACUUAUUUCUCUCGUGUUACAAGAGACUACAGUACUUUGCUUCUAUUUAACACAGCGAAACAGAGGCUGCUGAACGACUACCGUUUGCACUUUUUAAUGACUCCUCAUGCCUUUUUUUUCUACUUUUCAAAGUGUUCUCUUUUCUUUUGGUCUCCUUCACGGUCUCUCUGCUUCCUCUGAAAAGCUGCACAGUAUUUUUUUUUUUAGCAGAAGUGAGUGACUACAAAACUGUAGUGCCAUUAGAAACUGUGAAUUUCUAAAUAAAACAUUUUUUUUC